AUGUGCUGGCUUAACUCCGAUCAUCGGCGAUACUCGCAAUUCGUUGCCUUCCGCGUUGGGGAAAUAUUAGAAUCCACUGACAUUUCAGAGUGGAGAUGGUUAUCUGGAAAGCUAAACGUAGCUGAUGAAGCCACGAAAUGGCAGCGAUUGCCGGAUCUGACGAACAACAGUCGGUGGUUUAACGCACCAUCUUUUCUUUGGAGUGCACACAACGGAUGGCCGGUGCCAUCAUUCAAUGUCGAGAAAACAACUGAAGAGAUUCGACCAAACCUUUUACACCAUUCCGAAAGUCCGAUUACUGAAAUCUUGCAGCCAGAAAACUUUUCGAGCUGGAAACAUCUGGUGCGGCUAACAGCUUAUGUACGGCGAUUCCCGACAAACGCUAGGCGCAAACAAGCAGGAGGAAUUCCCGUUACAGGUCCUCUUACGCGGGAUGAAAUGGCACAAGCACAAAGGUUCCAUGUGAAGCGAGCUCAAGAAAUGUCUUACGGUGCUGAGAUUAAGAUUCUGAUGGUGACGAUCAGUGCUACAGUUAAAAAGACCUUACCCAAACAAAGUGCGCUCUUCAAAGUUUGUCCGUUCAUGGAUAACGAUGGUGUUAUGCGCAUUCACAGUCGUAUUGAUGAAAGCGAUUUCGCUGGGAAAUAUACGAACUAUCCCAUUGUUCUACCGCGUGACCACCCUGUCACGAAACUAAUCCUCCAAGAAAUUCACCAACGUUAUCAUCACCAAUGUCAAAAAACAUUCAUCAAUGAAGUUAGCAGGAAGUACUACAUUCCUCGCGUGCACGUUGUAUGCUGGAGAAUUCGACGAGAAUGUCAACGCUGUAAGAUUCGAUCUGCGAAGCCAAACCCACCAGCUAUGGGAAAUCUACCAAAAGCCCGUUUGGCAGCAUAUAUUCGUCCGUUUUCCUACACGGGCGUGGACUACUUCGGCCCCAUGACCGUAGUAGUUGGUCGUCGGUCAGAGAAACGAUGGGGAGUCUUAAUGACCUGCCUAACAACUCGAGCAAUUCACAUCGAAAUAGCUCACUCGCUGUCAGCGGAUUCAUGCAUAAUGGCUCUGCGAAACUGCCUAUCGCGAAGAGGAACUCCCGUGCAAAUUAUUAGCUAUCGCGGCACGAACUUUAUAGGGGCCGAUAAAGAGUUGAAAAAAGCACUAGCUGAUUUAGACCAGAACAAGAUGGUCGCAGAGUUCACAACACCUGAAACCUCCUGGACGUUUAAUCCACCAGCGUCCCCACAGAUGGGUGGCUGCUGGGAGCGACUAAUCCAAUCAGUAAAAAAGGUUCUAGCAGAAAUUCGUCCAUCGCGCCUUCCCACAGACGAAGUGCUGAGAAACGCUUUAUUGGAGGUUGAAAACAUCAUUAACAGCAGGCCGCUUACACAUGUUCCGAUUGAUCACGAGUCGUCGCCGGCAUUAACACCUAAUCAUUUUCUUAUCGGUUCCUCUAAUGGGUCGAAACCACUUGUUCCAUAUGACGAUAGUACCACGGCUCUACGACAGACCUGGAAGGUGUCUCAAAUGAUAGCAAAUAUGUUCUGGAAACGCUGGAUAUUAGAUUACUUACCUACAAUAACUCGCAGAACUAAAUGGUUUCUACCGACGAAGCCAAUUACGGUUGGGGAUAUUGUAAUCAUAGUCGAUCCCAACUCACCCAGAAACUGCUGGCCCAAAGGCAGAGUUGUGGCAGUAAAACCGUCAAAAGACGGUCAAGUGUGCUCAGCGACAGUUCAGACAACAUCAGGAUUAUAUGAAAGACCGGCGGUGAAGUUGGCAGUGCUGGACGUCGGUGCAAAUUUAAGUACCCGGACCCAGGGUCCAACUACUGGGGGGGAUUGUUGUGCACACCCCUCGUGUGGCAACGCACCUAGUAACCAGUCAUCUUAA